CUGCAACUUUUGCAUCAGAGCCCUAUAAAACGCGAGGACCCUGCACCCGCCUAUCAGUGAAACCUAUGAAAAAUUACCGUCGCUUGCGGGCAAAGUAUCGAGCUUUUAAAGAUGACUCGCUUGUGAAAGUGAAGCCACUGGAUCACUGACGAGUGAUGGAAGAUAUAUUUUCACACGCAACUUCUUGGAUGCUCUAUUGCCCUGUUCGGCAACUUUUAAUACAUUGUCUGAAAAUGAAUGCAAUGUAUUGUUUUUUCUUGAAGACUGACGUUUGACACUGAAAAUGAAACGGAAAGAUAUCUUUGCGUAUAGCAAAACAGAAGAGCGUCUGGAAGUGCCAGAAACCAUGAAGCGGAGAAAAUUCGGCAUUUUUAUAAAAGGGCUCUACAGAGAUACUCCACACUGAAAUGCGUAAAACAUAACAUAUGAAAUCACACUACAUGUCUUCUGGCAUGGAGCGCAGCGGUCACUUCAAGCCAACACCUGCACAUUUCGACCAGGUAUUAAACACCUCGACCGGCGCAAAUGUGACUUUAACACCCCAAACCGACGGAACCGAUUCAAGUUUUGCUUUCCAAGUCACCUUAGCGUUAAUUCUCGGCGUUUUAACUCUUGCAACAAUAUUAAGCAACGCGUUCGUCAUCGCCACCAUCUCGCAAUCUAGGAAGCUUCAGACACCGGCGAACUUUUUGAUCGCAUCCCUUGCGGUCACGGACCUUCUGGUGUCGGUGCUCGUCAUGCCCAUUUGCGCGCUUUACACGGUCACUCACGAGUGGACUCUCGGGCAGGUUAUCUGCGACAUCUGGCUGUCCUCAGAUAUAACCUGUUGCACCGCGUCCAUCCUUCACCUGUGCGUAAUUGCUCUGGAUCGAUACUGGGCUAUAACGGACGCGGUCGAGUAUGCCAAGAAGCGUACCCAAGCGCGCGCCGCGGGGAUGGUGGCGACCGCGUGGAUCAUCGCCAUCUCCAUCUCUCUCCCGCCUUUCUUCUGGCGACAGGUGAAGGCAGGGGAGCUGACCACCUGCACGGUGAACACGGACCACAUCUUUUACACAAUCUACUCCACGUUUGGGGCUUUCUACAUCCCCACGCUGCUACUUAUUGCGUUGUACGGGAGGAUAUACGUGGAGGCGAGGAAGCGCAUCUUGAAACAGUCGCCCAAAAAAGCGGGGAAGAGACUCACUUCGGCACAUCUGAUCACGAAUUCACCAGCAUCCGUGGCUUCAACUUCUCCAUUGCAUUGCUCGGACACCGGCUCUCUGGGCAGUGAUAAUCAAAUAAGAGUAACUGUAUCAGACUCACUCUUGGAGAAAAAGCGAAUAUCGGCUGCCCGAGAGAGGAAAGCCACCAAAACGCUUGGCAUCAUAUUAGGAGCUUAUAUUAUUUGCUGGCUGCCGUUUUUCAUCUACACAUUACUCCUUUCUCUCUGUCCAUUCUGUGGGUUUUCUCAAGAACUCUUUGACUUUUUCACAUGGCUUGGCUACCUCAACUCAUUGAUCAACCCUAUUAUAUACACCAUGUCCAAUGAUGACUUUAAAAAAGCUUUUCACAAACUCAUGAGGUUUAAAUAUUGCAGACGUUAGGAAGUUAAAUAAGUUGCUUUACACGAGCCUCGCCCUCGAUUGUAAAUGUACAGACGUCCCUUGAGAAAAUAACAUAGCGUAAUGUUAAUUUAACGACUGCGUAAUAGCGCAAUGGCAGCUUGUUAAUAACGCAAAAUUGUGCAUUGUCUUGAUUCCUCAUCAAAUGUGAAAUUAAACCGCUCUCACGUGGUCAUUGCCUAUAAUCCUGCACUUAAUAAAUAAGUUGGGAUAUCCA